CAUUUUUCGCCCAUGAUAGCGAGGGAAAGAUGACCGACACGCGAGAAGAAUGAAAGUGCUUUUCAUCAUCGUGGCCUUGGCCCUCUUCGGGUCCUCCUCGGGCCAGCUGGGUCGCCCCACGUCCCCGGAGAUCCUCGAGAGCAUCCCCUGCCCCCCCAAUUGGGUCACGUACGACCUCUCCUGCUACCGGUUCGUGCGGAGUCCCAUGAAGGACAGGGAGGAGGCGCGGCGCCACUGCCAGUCCUUCAAUGCAGAAUUAGUAGCAGUGAACACCCUCGAAGAGCACAGUUUCCUCGUUAGGCAGUUGAGGGUCAUCGACCCCCAUCACAGGCCAUGGUACGUGGGAGCUCGUCAGCAGAGCAAGGAUCACUGGGUGAAUGACGCCGACAACACGGACUACAGCAACCUUCGAGAUGCGUUCCUCAAGGAACGGGAGUACGACCGGGAAUUCAUCUCGACUCGGGAUUAUCUCACGUAUAACUAUUCGAACACGGAGAGACGGUGGGGGCUGCAGAAGGUGACCGGACGCGAGCGGGAGCAUUUCAUCUGCGAGGUGCAUAAGGCGGAGCUGCGCUUUGUGAAUCUCAACGACCGGACCUUGGAUUACGGGGUGCUGGUGUCUGAUCCAAGGUACAUUCCUCGGGGACCCCGGUUCGUGACGGAGCCCAUGCCGCAAGUCUUCGAUCUCACCAUGAAGACCAUCAACAAUAACGUUGCGAUCACGUGUCUGGCGGAUGGGUAUCCGUAUCCGACGUACGGGUGGUUCAAGGAGGCGUACGAGGGAAACGUGCUGGUGGAGAAGGAGAUCAAGCCGCUCGACGAUGAGCGCGUCACGAUCAGUGGAGGCACUCUCAUCAUUAACAGACCUAAGCAGAUUGAUGAUCGAGGAGAAUACUUCUGCAAGGCCACAAAUAAGUUUGGUACGAUUCGCUCCACCAGUGUCCAGGUUUCCUUUGGAUACAUUGCUGAGUUCAAUCUCAAGCGUUCUGAUGAGUUUGGACAGGAGAACUGGGGUAAAGCCAUCUAUUGUGAUCCACCUCAGGCCUAUCCAGACCUCAGCUUCUACUGGUCCAGAGAUUACUUCCCCAACUUUAUAGAGGAGGACAGGCGCACAUUUGUGUCAAAUGAUGGACACAUGUACAUUUCAGCACUAGAGAGGAUUGAUGCUGGAAACUACAGCUGUAAUGUUCAGACCAAUGUCUCUGCAACUGGCAAGAAUGGACCAUUCUUUAGUCUUCAUGUUCUCCCUCACCCUAACUACCAGCAGCUGCGAUUCCCAAACAGCUUCCCCAAAGCAUUCCCUGAAACACCUAUUGCUGGCCAAGAUGUUCGGAUGGAAUGCAUGGCAUUUGGAUUCCCUGUACCAUCGUACAACUGGACUCGUCGUUAUGGGGAUAUUCCACGCAAAGCACAAGUUUUCAACCAUGAUCGAGUGCUUCUCUUACCAAAAGCUGAAGUUGAAGAUGAGGGAGAGUACGUCUGCACUGUGUCAAAUACCAAACUGUCCAUUCAAGGCGCUGUCACACUGAGCAUACAGGCAAAACCUGAAUUCACUGUACCCUUGGGCAAUAUGCACAUGGAUAAAGGAGAGGAUUUGACAUGGACCUGUGAAGCCUUUGGAGUGCCAGAAGUCAAAUGGUUGAGAGAUGGAGUGGAGCUCAAAGUGGAAGAUCUGCCACCUCAAGACAAGCAACGGUAUGAGAUUACAGAAAAUGUUCUCACCAUUUCGAAACUGGAUCCUAGGAGAGAUGAAGGGAUGUAUCAGUGUGAGGCCAAAAACCAACUUGGAAAUGCAUAUUCCUCUGGGCAAUUGAGAGUCCUCACCUUGAAACCAUCAUUUGAGAAAGCACCACUAGAGCCAGAGAUAUUGGCACUUGAGGGAGCAAAUGUGACAAUUGCCUGUGAUCCUGAAGCUGCACCUCGCCCAGACACUUUCAGUUGGCUCAAGGAUGGCUACUCUAAUAUAGGUGCAUCUACCGGUCGUAGGCGUAUUUUGCCCAAUGGACAUCUCAAUAUUGAGCCUGUUUAUUUGGAAGACCAGGGAACCUACACUUGCAUUGCCAAAAAUGAAUUUGGAGAUGCAAAAAGUUCUGGCCGUCUUGUUGUUGUUGCAACACCAACAAUGAUCCGAUCUCCUCCACAACUGGUAGAAGCUUAUAUUCAUCAAGAGUUGGUACUUCCAUGUGAAGCAACAAAUUAUGAUGACAACUUGGAAAUAGCUUAUGCCUGGGCUCACAAUGGCCUCAGAAUUGAUUUCUGGAAGGAGUCUGAUGUCUAUCGGCUGCAUCAGGGAAAUUUGAUCUUACGAAAUGUGACACUGGAUGAGAGUGGUCGAUAUGACUGCAUUAUUGAAACUGCUGCUGGAGAAGUUUCAUCUGGAGGACGACUGAUUGUUGAGGGACCACCUGGACCACCUGGAGGAAUAGAGGUGACAGAAACAACAGCUCAAUCAGCCCGGAUAGAGUGGACGGAUGGUGCCGACAAUGGUCGUCCCAUCCGAUAUUACCGUAUUGAGGGAAGGACUAACUGGAAUAGCACUUGGGUCUUACUGGUUGAAGACAUCCAAGGGAUCGAAGUGAAAGAGCGAGGCAAUCGUCUGUUCCAAUCUGGCCGGAAGGAAGCCUACAUCCGAGAUGUCCUCUCACCCUGGUCUUCAUAUGAAUUCCGAGUCUCUGCUGCCAACUCGUUUGGUUAUGGACAACCAUCUGAGCCAUCUCCUCAGUACAACACUGAUAUGGAUGUUCCAUAUGUAGCACCCAAAAAUGUUGGUGGGGGUGGAGGGAAAAUUGGUGACCUCACAAUCACUUGGCAGCCAAUCCCAUCACAAGAUCAAAAUGCACCAGGCAUCUUCUAUAAGGUGUAUUGGAGACGUAUUGAGUUUGAUAAUGAUUCUGAGUGGCAAAAUCGAGAGCUAAAGGGAAUGGGAAACAUAGGAAUGUAUGUUGUUGCCAUCCCAUUGAAGUAUUUUUACACCCGCCAUGAGGUCAAGGUCCAGGGCAUCAAUUCCAUUGGACCUGGAAAUACCUCGGCACCAGUUGUCAUCUAUAGUGCUGAGGAGAUGCCCCAGGUGGCUCCCACAGAAGUUGCUGCACGGGCUUACAACUCCACAUCACUCAAUGUUACAUGGCUUCCUAUUAAAGAGACUAGAGACAACAUUCGAGGAGAGCUCAUUGGGUAUAGGAUCAAGUACUGGAGAGAGCAAGAUGAUGAACGUGAUGCUUUGUACUACCUGAGGCGCUCCAAGCUCUCAUGGGCAUUAAUAGUUGGUCUCCAACCCAACACCUACUACUAUGUGAGAGUGAUGGCCUACAACCUGGCUGGGCAAGGUGCUGAAAGUGAACGCUAUCUUGAACGUACAUAUAAGCUGCCUCCCUUGAAGCCUCCUACAGCUGUCCACGUCUUUGCAAUUGAUCCAACUUCAGUUCGUGUUACAUGGCGUUACGUCUCCACAACUACAGAAGAGGAACCUGUUCAGGGCUACAAGAUAUUAUACUGGGAGGUGGAUCAAGAUUUUAGUGAGGCUAAGAUGGUGGCAAAGUACUUGGGUGGAGACCUUGAAGCGUACAUCUAUGACCUGAGCCCAGGAAAGCGGUAUCUGCUACGAGUCCUUGCCUUCUCUCAAGGUGGAUUUGGAAAGAUGUCUUCUCCUGCUUGGGAAUUUCAAAUGGGUGACCCAAGACAGUUUAGUGGGGCCAUCUACACAAUGGCCAGUCUGUCUACACUUGUGUGUUGCACACUUUGUCUCAUGAUAGAGUUUGCUUUCCUCAGGUGAAGUUACUGUGUUUGUGGUCACAGUAGCAUUGAGUUUUCUUGAUGCUUCCUUGCCCAAUGUAUCAAAUCUAGCUAUCUCGUGCUCAGAUCUUCCCCUGAAUGUACAUUGGCCUGUGAUUCCCAAUCGAGUCAUCAUACAAGUUCAGUGCCUUAGACAAAAGUACUCCUACCAAUUUUAUAAGCAGCUGUUAUCUCCUAUGCGGUGACAAGCUUGCAUGCCCGAAAUGCAUCAAGUCACUGCAAUAUGGAAUAACCUGAGUUGUUCUCCAGAUAUUUUCUUUGAAUGUGAUGUACACCUACUGUAUCCGUCCAUCAUGUGCUUUACAUUCGUGUUGAGAAAAGAUACAGACUUUUUCAUGGUUCCCAGUGAUUAGCCAUAUGCAUGCUAUGGAUCUCAUUCCUGCCCAUGUACAGUGUAUAUUGGUUUUCCCUUGUGACUGCUCUAUCAUGUUCAUGCUAUCAUAGAUUCACUAUACUUAGUUAUAACUUUUAUCUGCUCGUGUUAUUUCGUUAUUAGACCAUAUGUCCUGGGAUGUUAUUUUUGUACUUCUGGGAGAGCUGCAUUUCCUGACAAUCUUCCAAUUGUUGGAAUAGGAUAGGCAUGUGCUUUAUUUAAUUCUCCACAUAUCUUCAGUGAAACAAAUUUGCUGAAAAUCAAAGAUUCAUUUUUGAGGGAAUAGCUUCAUUCUAUCUUGUCCAUGCUUUCAUCCACAGACUGUACUGUUCUUUGUGCUGCUCCUGCAUUUUAUACUGAAAUGAAUAAAUUUUUUUUUACCAAGACAGGAA